AAUCAACCCGAGGCCGAGGGGGACUUUGGAGCUGGGUAGGAAGAGUAGCAGGGAGGAGAGGUGGGGUAGUACCGAGGGGCAGCCUUGACUGGCUUUAUAAUCCGCCCAGUAACUGAAGAGGCGAGAGGCAGGAGCCCCAGUGCGCGCCCAAAGCAGCGCGGCGGCUGAGCGCUGCUGGGACCAUGGUCUCCGCCCGAGGCUGCUCUGCGCCGCUCGUGCGGCAGCUCAUCCUGCUGCUGCUGCCGACCGGUCUGCUUGUGCAGCCCGCCCAGGCCCUGCCCACCGAGCUGCUGCCCGGGGACUUUGCAGCAGACGAGGCCGGGGCGACACUCUUCGCCCAGAGCUACAACUCCACAGCGGAGAUCAUCCGGUACCAGAGCACCGCAGCCAGUUGGGCUUACAAUGUCAAUAUCACCGAAGAGAACGCGCAGCGGCAGGAGGAAGCAGACCUACUGUCUCAGGAGUUUGAUGAAGCAUGGGGCCUGAAGGCCAAGCUGUUGUAUGACCCCAUCUGGGAGAACUUCACUGACCCCAUACUUUACAGGAUCAUCAGUUCUGUGCGGACACUGGGUCCAGCCAAUCUGCCCAUAGAACAGCGUCAGGAGUACAAUACCUUGCUGAGCAAAAUGACCAGCUUAUAUUCUUCAGCCAAGGUCUGCUUUCCCAACAAGACUGCCACCUGCUGGGCCCUGGAACCAGAGCUUACAGAAGUCAUGGCCUCAUCGAGAAGCUACGCUAAGCUGCUGUUUGCCUGGGAGGGCUGGCACAAUGCUGUAGGGGUUCCUCUGAAACCUGAGUAUCAAGCUUAUGUCAGUCUCAGCAAUGAGGCCUAUAAGUUGGAUGGCUUUGAGGACACGGGGGCAUACUGGCGUUCUUGGUAUGACUCAUCUACAUUCGUGGAAGACCUAGAGCGACUGUACCAACAGCUAGAGCCUCUGUACCUGAAUCUUCAUGCCUUUGUGCGCCGUGGCUUGCACCGCCGCUAUGGGGACAAUUACAUCAAUCUCCAGGGUCCCAUCCCUGCUCAUCUCCUGGGAAACAUGUGGGCACAGAGUUGGGAAAACAUCUAUGACAUGGUGGUUCCCUUCCCGGACAAGCCUAACCUAGAUGUUACUAGCACCAUGGUGGAGAAGGGCUGGAAUGUCACACACAUGUUCCGGGUUGCAGAAGAAUUUUUCACAUCCCUGGGGCUACUGCCUAUGCCUCCAGAGUUCUGGGCUGAGUCCAUGCUGGAGAAGCCAGAUGAUGGGCGAGAGGUGGUAUGCCAUGCCUCUGCCUGGGACUUCUACAACAGGAAAGAUUUCAGGAUCAAGCAGUGCACGAGAGUGACCAUGGACCAGCUCUUCACCGUACAUCACGAGAUGGGCCAUGUGCAAUAUUAUCUUCAGUACAAAGAUCUGCCUGUUUCCCUGCGAAGGGGUGCCAAUCCUGGCUUCCAUGAGGCCAUUGGGGAUGUGCUAGCCUUAUCUGUCUCCACACCUGGUCAUCUACAGAAAAUUGGCCUGCUGGACAGUAUUACUUAUGACAAUGAAAGUGACAUCAACUACCUGUUAAAGAUGGCGCUAGAUAAGAUCGCCUUCUUGCCCUUUGGCUACCUGGUGGACCAGUGGCGUUGGAGGGUCUUCAGUGGGUCUACAACUGCAUCUCAAUACAACUAUGACUGGUGGUACCUUCGGACCAAAUACCAGGGCAUCUGCCCUCCCAUUGCCCGGAAUGAAACCCAUUUCGACCCUGGGGCAAAGUUUCAUGUCCCAUCUGUAACACCAUACAUCAGGUAUUUUGUGAGUUUUGUCCUUCAGUUCCAGUUCCACAAAGCCUUAUGUGCUGAGGCAGGCUAUAAUGGGCCCCUGUACUACUGUGACAUCUAUCAAUCUCAACAGGCUGGUGCCAAACUCAGGGAGGUGUUGCAGGCAGGUGCUUCUCGGCGUUGGCAGGAGGUGCUUAAGGAGAUGACAGGCUCAGAGACCCUGGAUGCAGGACCACUUCUUGAAUACUUUGAGCCCCUCACCAAUUGGCUGACCGAACAGAACGAGAUCAAUGGCGAGGUCCUGGGCUGGCCUGAAUUUGAGUGGCGUCCACCAGUGCCAGAUGGCUAUCCAGAGGGCAUCGACAAGCUGACUGAUGAAGCAGAAGCCGAGAAGUUUCUUGAGGAGUAUGACCAGUUGGGACAAGUCAUAACGAAUGCAUAUGUAGAGGCCAGCUGGGCUUACAACACAAACAUCACUGAAGAAAAUAGCAAGAUUAUGUUGGAAAAGAACCUGGAAUUGUCUUCUCACACACUACAAUAUGGCACUCAUGCCCGCCAGUUUGACACCAGCAAUUUCCAGAAGUCAUCGGUGAAACGGCUCCUGGAAAAGCUUAAAGAUCUAGGUCGGGCAGCCCUGUCCACUACAGAUUUGGAUAAGUACAAUAAGAUACUGUUGAAGAUGGAAUCAGCUUACAGUACAGCCAAAGUGUGCCAACAAAAUGGAUCCUGUCUACCCCUGGAUCCUGAUUUGACGGAGUUGAUGGCCUCAUCUCGGAACUAUGAUGACCUACUCUGGGCGUGGAAGGGUUGGAGGGAUACUGCAGGACGAACUGUCCUUCCCGACUUCCCGGAGUAUGUGGAGCUUAGCAACAAGGCUGCCCAGCUCAAUGGCUAUGCUGAUUCUGGAGCCUACUGGAGAGCCCAGUAUGAAACACCUUCCCUAGAGCAGGACCUGGAGAAAAUUUACCUGGAACUGCAGCCCCUCUACCUGAACCUCCACGCGUAUGUCCGUCGUGCCCUGUACCGUCACUAUGGAGCCAACUACAUCAACCUUCAAGGGCCCAUUCCUGCUCAUCUGUUAGGCAACAUGUGGGCUCAGAGCUGGUCCAACAUCUAUGAGUUAGUGGUGCCUUUCCCUUCGCACCAGGUGGAUGCCACUCCAGCUAUGAAAAGCCAGGGCUGGACCCCUCGGAGGAUGUUUGAAGAGGCAGAUACAUUCUUCCAGUCCCUGGGUCUGCUGCCCUUGACCCCUGAGUUUUGGAAUAAGUCAAUGCUGGAAAAGCCAAACGAUGGGCGAGAAGUAGUGUGCCAUGCUUCUGCCUGGGAUUUCUACAAUGGCAAAGACUUCAGGAUCAAACAGUGCACGACGGUGAACAUGGAGGACCUCAUCGUCAUCCACCAUGAGAUGGGCCAUGUGCAGUAUUUCAUGCAAUACAAAGAUCAGCCUCUGGCCUUCCGAGAUGGUGCCAACCCAGGUUUCCAUGAGGCUAUUGGAGAUGUGCUGGCACUCUCUGUCUCCACCCCCAAGCACUUACACAGUAUUGGUCUGCUGGAUAAUGAGGGCGAGGGCUAUGAGAGUGAGAUCAACUAUCUGAUGAGUGUUGCCCUGGACAAGAUUGCCUUCCUUCCUUUUGGUUACCUCAUUGACCAGUGGCGCUGGCGGGUGUUCGAUGGGAGCAUCAAUCAGAAAGAUUACAACCAGGAGUGGUGGAACCUCAGGCUAAAAUACCAGGGUCUGUGUCCACCGGUGCCCAGAACACAAGAAGACUUUGACCCAGGUGCCAAGUUCCACAUACCUGCAAAUGUGCCCUAUCUCAGAUACUUUGUCAGUUUUGUGAUUCAGUUCCAGUUCCAUGAGGCCCUGUGCCAAGCUGCUGGCCACGACGGCGCACUGCACAAGUGUGAUAUCUAUCAAUCAGAGGAGGCCGGGCAGCUCUUGGCGGAUGCUAUGAAGCUGGGACUCAGUAAGCCGUGGCCAGAGGCUAUGACGCUACUUACAGGACAGCCCAACAUGUCAGCCACAGCUAUUGUGAACUACUUCCAGCCCCUGCUGGACUGGCUCAUCACCCAGAACAAGGAACAGCAGGAGACACUGGGCUGGCCUCAGUAUGACUGGACUCCAUAUUCUGGUGCCUCCAGUGCUUCCAGUGCCCCCAACAGUGGCAAAGUCAGCUUCUUAGGAAUGGAGCUGGAGCCUGGACAGGCCAUGGCAGGGCAGUGGAUACUGCUUUUCCUGGGCCUGGUGUUGCUUGUGGCUAUAAUGGGCUUGGCCUAUAAGAUGUAUGACCUCAGACGUCAACAGGAGCCUUACUUUGGCUCUGAGGUGGAACUGAGACACUCCUGAGACUGAACCAGAACUGAAAGGAAAUGGAAAACCAUGUGGAGAGAAGAGGGGGAAAUGGUGGAGGGGAGAAAUGGAAAACAUGCUGAGGACAGAGCUUUGGCUACUAAAGACUGAGGGAACUCAGUCUGCUGGACUCUGGACUGUAUUCUGUUUCUACACUGCCCCACCUCCAUCCUAUUCUUUACCACUCUCUUCUUCUUUCUUUCUUCUCACUUUCUUCCCUUCCUCCUGUGUUUCCUCUUUUUGGCUGGCUUCUCUGAUUAAGUCAAGCUUUCCUAACUAUGCAAGAUGCUAUAGGACCAUUCCAUCUCAACAGGCAACAGUAGAGGUACCUCCCCAAACACUUUUUCCAUGG